GAUCCCCAAAUAAUAUUUAAGCAGUGUAAUCUUGAAGCUGUUCUAUGGCACGCUGUGUCCUGUGUGGGUACUUAUGCUUGGUGUAAUAGUCGGAUGUGGGGGUUCUGAAAGAACAGCUCCAGCUUGCGCUCAGCUUGAACAUGAAUCUGCAUAUUUGAACGCAGAUCCUGGGGGUAUCAAGCAACACUGAGCUGUCGAGGCUUAGAAGCGUUAAACUUAGCCUCGGGGUGCCAAAGAAUUAGACAAAGUCGAGAUGAAGGGGCAGAUUUAGGAUUACUGCCUGCGUCCAAACAAGCACCCGUGCGCGUCCCUAAUUCUCGUUGAUCUCUGUAAUCUCCGGUACAAGUGACGAUUGUUAUUUAUGUGUUUGGAUGGUAAAUAUGAUCACCGAGCCACUAAUCCUAUCUGCAGCGGGCGAUUUGCCCUGCGCUGGUUACGUCAGCGAGUCUUUGGUCUCUUCUCUGCUCGGUCUGGAGCUCGCAGCGCGCAUCCCACCCGUUCCAGUGCGAAGAGUUUCUCUGUCAGCUGCGUGAAGUAUAAGCGAGAGUGGCACCACGCGAAUUCGCCUCCGGCCAAUUUAGCUAAAGGUUACGACACAUCCAUGCACUUUUUAUAAUUCCAGCAAGACCGAUAUUCACCUCUACCUCUUACUUUCUAAAAAAAAAAAAAAAAAAAAUUAUUUUUGUCCUGUCGCACUUGGUCUGCGCAGCUGCACCUGUCCACCAUUGCCCCUAAAACCCACCCAAACGUUUUAACGCGAGCUUGUCGGGCGCUGCAAAGGAAGCGGCUGGUCGGUGCGGCACUGGGUUUCGUCAUCAUGGUCGUCGUGCUGCUUGUCGCGAUUCCCCUGCUCGUCCAGAGCUCCGCCGUCUCUGGGCACUACGAGAUGAUGGGCACCUGUCGCAUGAUCUGUGACCCGUACAGCCCGAAAGCGAGCGCCACAGCGCUGGAAGUCAUGCAGGACCUCGGCGCCAUCCCGCCGCCGCCUCCUCCAUCUUUCUCCCGUGGGAACAAAGGUGAACCGGGGCGCCCGGGGAAGCCUGGGCCGAGAGGUCCUCCAGGUGAGCCAGGUCCCCCCGGACCGAGGGGGCCGCCAGGAGAUCGUGGGGAUUCCGGAAAAAUCGGAUUUACCGGAGUUCCACAGGGAACAGCUCGAACUGAAACUGGAGAUGUUGCCUCGGUGUUUGGAAGUGUCAAGAUCGCCUUCUACGUCGGUCUUAAAAACCCACACGAGGGUUACGAGGUGCUCCGUUUCGAUGAUGUGGUAACUAACCUGGGCAACCACUACGACCCUUCAACCGGCAAGUUCACAUGCCAGGUAUCUGGAAUUUACUUUUUCACUUACCAUGUACUGAUGCGCGGGGGAGACGGGACCAGCAUGUGGGCAGACCUCUGCAAAAACGGUCAGGUUCGAGCAAGUGCUAUUGCCCAGGAUGCCGACCAGAACUAUGACUACGCAAGCAACAGUGUUGUUCUGCAUCUGGACUCAGGGGAUGAGAUAUAUGUAAAAUUGGAUGGCGGGAAAGCACAUGGUGGAAACAACAACAAAUACAGCACCUUUUCAGGCUUCAUACUGUAUCCGGAUUGAGCUGGAGCACAAGAACAGAUGCUGAGGUGUAUGAUCAUUUGCCAAAUUGACAUUAAUACAGGCUGAAGCCGCAUCAGAUCUAGUGCUUCAUGUCUGUAUAUCUGUAGGAAUAUGCUAUUUUACUUACUGCCAGGACCAUAAAGUAAACAAAACCAGUUAGAUGUUAAUGUUUAAAGUUGAGUUUUAUUUUACACACAGCAAAAUCCCCAGAGUAGAAUUAACACUUAAACACUAAAAGAGUAAAAAGGGUCUAUCUCAUGAUAGGAUGCUGGUGAGUGUGUCUUUGAGUAAACAGUAAUUAUAUACAGCAUUUUAAUAACAAAGAUUGUUUACAGUAAUUGCACAUUGUAUUGUAUUUUUUAAUAAAUCGACAUGCAUUUUAAUUACAUAUCGAUAGCAGUUUACUACUAUAAAAUCAUUGCUAGAAUUAUGCAUUUGACAGAUUUAGUUUUUUUUUUAACUCCUUUAUUGUCAUAUAUGCAUCUUAAAUGAUUUUAAAAAAGCUAAACUUCUAGUCAAGUAUUAUGAUUAAAUGUUUUUUAAGUAAUCAUGUGAUUUCAUGAGAACAAAUCUAAGACAUCAAAAGUGACACACUGUCAUUGACUAUAACAAAUCAUGUUAGCAAUAUGUAUCUAUCUAUGCUUAGAUUACCUAUAUAGGGUUGCAUACAGUUUUAUCUCCAGUUCCUCCUGCUUCCCUAAACUCUCUUAAUAUUUUCUUUUGAAAAAAUGACAAAUAAAGAUAAAAAUAUAACGGAAGGAAAAGUACUUGCCAGAUAAGGUUAUUUGCUGCUUCUGUAAAAUGGUUAGUUGUGUUAGUGAUACUUUAUUCUUAGAUUCAUUGCAACAUUCCAGUACUUAUAAAUAAUUUUGGGCUACAGUAUUAAACUGUAAAACAUAUUUAUACAUAUAUAUUUAUAUGUAUCAUAUAUAUUUUUGAAAAUAUACAAACUGUAGGUGUAAAUGUGCAUGUCUAACAGAUGUUUUUCUAUAAGGCAUCCAACAAUUACAUGCACUUCUAUGAUUAGAUUUAAAAAAUAUACCAACCGGUCAAUUUUAAAUGUAACUAAAUAGCUAGUGUAUUCACCACAAUUAUAGAAUGUGAGCAUGACAUUAGAAGAAGAACUUUUUUUAACACAUCCAUAAAUGUCUUGUAAAAACCAAAAAUAACAUUAAAGGUUGCAUCGUGUACAAUUACUUUCUCUUCUGCAUAAAUAACUGAUUAAUUCUUUUUGUUUUAGUUUUAGAAAUAUAACCUAGUAUAUGAACUAAAAUACAUAGCGAGUGUUUCACUGCCAUUAACGCAAAACCUACUCUGAGCUGUUGUGGACUCAUUACCCUAUUUAUUUUAAGCUCAAAGACACACUUUCUGUGCAUUACAAUCAGGCAGUUAUUUGUAAAGGAGGUUUUAAUUCAGCACUGGGCUUUUUUGCUGUGUAGCCUGUUUGAUUAUGUGUUGUGUGUAUAAAAUGUAUUAAAACUACGUCAAAUCAAAUUUAUGAGGACAUUGUCUAAAAUGUUAAUAUCGGUUUGUUUGGGAUGUUGAUGGAUUGCUAGUAUUAUAUGAUGUAUUUGUCCAGUAGCACAAUUUAUACACUGCAUUGUUCACAUUUAUUUAUGUAUUUCAAUAAAUAAUGUUUUAUAGUACUGGUUCCUUUGUAUGAAUUAAAUGUUGUGCACAGAUGCAUCUGAGCCAUUUAACAUGGUGUGCACAUCAAGAUCUGAACCAGAGGAGUUUGUGUGGUGUGACAUUGACCUAACCAAAUAAUGUUGAUUUGAUGUAAAUCUCAGUAAAAGAGUAAAGAAUGAUUGGAAAAAUAACAUUUCAGCCUGUAUGGAUGUCUUUGUAAGAACGUGAAAGAGAAAGAGUGUGUGUCUGUGCUGCUAGGUGUUGGCUGGUCCAGAUGUCAGGCUUCCAGCUCUGCAAAACUUGGCUCAGCACCAACUUGGCUGCCAAUCAUCGAUCAUUCUCCUUCUGUAGAAGAAAGUCUGACCUCUGAACUGACUUAAAAAACUGACAGACAUAACCAUAAUGUUAGCCUCUAAGUCUGGCUUCUAUCCCAUACUUUAAUUAUUAAAUAAAUGUAAGGAGUAUAAUUUUGUGUAUGUGUAGAUAGUGAUUAUUUCACUCUGAAUACAUAAUCCAAAUAUUGGUCAAUACAAAAAAAAAGUGUAAGAUAACAUAUGUUUAAAUAACACUAUGAAAAUCAAACAGUACACAAGUUUAUAUGUUCAAACAAUAAAAAUCA